CACAAUUCAAAACGAGGCUGGUCGAAUUCGGCAAUGGCGGUCAAUCCAGGAGACUUUUUGGCUCAGUUUUCCGUAGCGUUUUCAUGGGACUACCCGGAUGACUGGAGUCUUGAUGAUGUUGUAUGCUCCAUUUUUCACAUACGGGAGGACCAAGAUACCAGAGCACAUGAGCAAGUGGUAUGCAGUGCUGUUCAAGCAGCAGGGAAUGGUGUAUGUCUGACUCAACCUCAUCCUGAGACAGACAUAAUUCCUUGUGAAAUGACAUUCCGGGCACAUCCGAAUGCCUCACAGUUCUGUGUUACAAAUAUUGUGGUAGUAAGUGAAGCAAGAAAUGUGGAGCUGUAUGUUGAUGAUAUGUAUGAGAAAACUACAAAAGGAAUGAUGCUAACUUUGAAGAAAGGAAAGAAUAGUGCUCUUUAUGAGAAUGGGUUUGAUUUAUCCUCCCACAUUCAAGGUUCUAACAAAAUAACAUUGAAGUUUGUUUCAUUACCUGACAAGCAGGCACUAAGACUUCAAGCUGUUGUUGUAAAAGUUGCAAGGUGUCUGCCAAAUCCUUCACAAAUGUUUCCCAAAAAGAACCCAACUGGUGCGUCGAUAGAAUUUGAUAAGGUUCGAGAAAUGAUUUCUUCAUUCGGUUUAACAGUCUCCCCAAGUGCACAAAAUUUGCUGAACCAGGUAGAAAAGCAACAGAAACAGGGAGCACAGUUGCAACAGCUUUUAACAUUGGGUUUAGGCCAUCAAGCCUCUGCUUUCACCGAUAAUGCAAUGUCCCCUGCACCACAAAGACAAUCGUUUGCAAGAGAUGGGCCUAGCAGUGAAGUCUCGUUUGCAUCUCGCCAAGCAUAUGAAGAGUCAUUUCUAGCAAAUGGUAUACUAAAUACUGAGAAAUCCAAAAGGGAGGCGCAAAAGAUGAUUGAAGAGCAAGAGCGACAUGCAGAACAUGAUGCGCAAAUAAGCGUUUUGAAGCAGAUGUUACUUGGACCAUUGCAUAAAAGCGAAUCCCUAGGGCGUGCAGAAAGAGCGGCUAGAAGACAUCGUUCUUUCCACGAGGGGGACAGCCAUGAAGGGAAUUAUCGACAAAUGCUAGAACGGUUCAUGAUUGAAACAAAAGGGGGAGAUCGUACUUCAGCAAGCGAAAGCGAGGCCCAGAGAGAAGUAUUUGAUGCAUUCCUGCGCUCCUCGAACCGUUCCAGUUUUAGAACAGAUCAUCAACCAACCAUCACUUCAAUUUCCCACGCGUCUCGUCCAGUUUCGUGUUGCAGUGAACUCUCGGAUCACGAUUUCCACAAAGCCCUAAAUGAUCUUGACAAUGCCCAUAAGAAACAUCUUUCUGCGACUAUUUCUCCUGCAAACAGCAAAAGGUGUCAAGAAUGUGGUUGCCCAGGGUGCCUUUCGGUUUAUAAUUCGAUAACUACAAACAUCUAUGCAAUGGAGGAGCGGCUGGUUGGAAGAAUGGACCUUAGAAUUCAGGAGGUUACACGUCAUAUUGACAGCAAAUUUGAGGCCUUGUACGAUGCUUUCUUCGCUCAGCAAGAGAAACUUGCAACGCAGUUGGUGGAGGCGAUCCCGAGGAGCACAGAUAAAAUGAGGCCGAGCAAGGAUGCUAUUCUUCAUCGAACCGAAAAUCCGUAAACGAACUUUCUGGUAGCAGCUGUUAUAGCUAUUGAUGUGUGCGGCUGGGAAGUAGAUACAUUGUGCGGAUGGGAAGUAGAUAUAUUGUCAUGUAAAUAUAGAUGAGUUCUUUUUGGGGUUUAAUAUAGAAUUUUGAGUAAUUUAUUUUUUAUUAGAGGUGAAAUAAUCGGGUUUAGUUUCUUGGUGCCCUCCUUUUAGUGCCAUUUCACUUACAAAUGACUGUGCAGUUGACCUUUCGUAUUAGUCAAAAGCUAAAUGAACCAAUUUGUUUUUGUUGCAAAUAUCUCAACGCAAUGUCUCAUCUCAACGCAGUGUCUCAUCCCAGCUCAAUGUCCCAAACUAGAGCCUCAUCACUGCCCAAUGUCUCAUCUCAAAGAGGUGUCUCAUCUUGAUAUCCCAUCCCAACGCAAUCUCAUCACAGCACAAUAUAUCAACAGAAAGCAAUCUCAUCAAAGUGCCGUAUCUUAUCCCAAUGUAAUGUUUCAUCGUCAUGUUGCAUCCCACACAAUUCUCGUCAAAACGCUAUAUCUCAUCAUAACGCAAUGUCUCAUAUCAACGUAACCUCAUUGCAACGCAAUAGCUCGCCCCAAGGCAGUGUCUCUUCUAAACGCAUUCUCAUCACAACGCAAUAUCUCAAUCCAAUGCAAUAUCUCAAUCCAACGCAAUGCCUCAACCCGACGUUUUGUCUCAUCGUAAUGCCUCUACCCAACGCAAUCUCAUUGCAACGCAAUAACACCGCCCCAAGCAGAGUCUCUUUCCAGUGCAAUGUCAACCCAACGUACUGUCUCAUCGCGUUAUUUCAUUGCAAUGUGAGUGCCUCAUCACAACCCAGUCGUCACCCUUGUCGCCGUCAUUAUCGUCGUCGUAUGUGACAUCGUCAAUCGUAUCACUGUCUCUUUCUUAACUGGGUACAGUAGU